UCCAUUUUGUCUCAAGAGCGUGGCUCAACGGUACAAGAUUCAGACUUCGUAGCAACGUAGUCAAAACCAGAGCAAUACUUGGCCAUGUUUCAGUACGGUGACCACGGCUAGUACGCUUGGUUUGGGACGAGUACGAGCGGCCCAGCAAGUUCGCCAUCCAACCCAUCCAUCCUUGUCACAACGAUGCCUCCAUGGAAAGUGCCAGCGAAUUUGAAGCUCAUCUUCAGCUCAGAGGUGCAGUCACCGGCGCAAGUGGCGCCAAUCGUUCAGAUGCUGCAACGGCAGAUGCAGCAAACGCAACUGCAUCCAGAAGUCCAAGCGACUCAAGUGUUGGAGCCAUCAGACACAGGAAACCGAACGCGAGGCGCGCCAGUUGAGCCCAUGGUGACGGUUGUCGUGAAGAAUAUUCCGCUUCACUACAGCCAAGACAUGUUUAUGGACCAGGUCAAGAAACAUGGAUUUGAGGGUCUCUUCAACCUUCUUUACUUGCCAUGGAACUCCAAGAGUGACACCAACAAGGCUUGGGCUUUGUGAACUUCAUCCGUCCAGAUGAUGCUCAACGAUUUCAGAAGGACAUGGGGGGGAAGUACUUUGACGAAGAACACACGCAGAGCGGCUUGCCCAUUCGGAUUGAACGUGCAGAUGUCCAGGGCCUCAAGUCCAACAGAGCCCGCUUCACCAAAAAAUCCGACUUUGGUCCAUGGUUGUUGCCCACAAAGCCAAUGGUGCCAUUGUUGGAGAUUGGAAAAUGGGGUGGAAUUCCCAGACGCCGCAAGGAAGGCCAAGCUGAGCCCAUGGUGAAAGCCUAGGUUGAGCGCAGGUCCCUAUGCCGCUGCGGAAGAUCCUCCAUCAGCCUUUGUUGUUUGGUUAAUGUCGCUGUCUGCAGCUUCCGAAGCACCAGACAUAGUGUUAAAACACAUCAGAGUUUGUGUGGGUUGACAGAUUUGACAGGAAAUGUCGUGGUAUCAUCACGUAACACGUAGAUGCGAGCCUGACUGACCUGUCAGCCUGUCAGCUCACCGUCGUGGCGAGAGUCUGAAUGCAGACUAUGCAGUUCCAAUGGAACACUUUUUGUCAAAUCCGCCACCUGCCAUUGCCGAAAA